UUGAAUAAGAGUGCGAUCAUUUUGUGCUAUAGCAUAAAAUGCAGCUAAACGGAAAUUAGCCUUUAUGAACAAAAGCACCUAAAGCUAAGCAAAUAAUUAUAUAAAGAACUAGCUGACUAUCUCACAGUUAUUUAACCACUGUUUGCUGGACAAAGAGAAGAAUGGCCAUGUUGAGAAGCUGCUUUUGCGCAAUUCUUUUUGUAUUUACUGCUGUUUCUAUCACUUAUGGUCACAAUACAUUCCGUUUUUCUACUAUCUAUGGUGAUCAUAUGGUAUUGCAACAAGCACCAAAACGGGCAAUAGUUUGGGGUUAUGGUGAAAUUGGUCGAAGAGUGGUGGUGAGGCUUAGUAACAAAUGGCAUCAUGCAUACGUCUAUGCAAGACAAGAAGGAAGGGAAGAAGUCGGAGUUUGGCAAGUUGUAUUACAGCCAAUAAGUGCUGGAGGACCAUAUCGUAUUUCUGCUUAUUCAUACGUACAAGGAAGUUUUAAAAAGAUAACUUUGGAUGAUGUUUUAUUUGGAGAUGUUUGGAUUUGCAGUGGUCAGAGCAAUAUGCAGUAUACACUGGACAUUUCGGAAAAUGGAAGCCAGGCUAUCAAUGAAUCCAUAAACUAUCCAAAUAUACGUAUAUUUAGUGUAGGCCUCGAUUGCUCUAUGAUUCCUCUUAAUGAAGUGAGCCGCGUAGAAUUGCCUUGGUCCAUUCCUUCAACAGAAACGCUUAAUGGAACAACUUGGGUUUAUUUCUCCGCCUUGUGUUGGUAUUAUGGAGUGCAGCUGUACAAGACGCUGAACUACCCGAUCGGUUUGAUUGGAAGCAGUUUUGGUGGAAGCCCUAUAGAAUCAUGGUCUUCUCCUGAUGCCCUCGCACAAUGUGGAUGGACUGGAAAUGUCUUAAUUUCUCCACCAAUAUUACUUCUUGGACCACAAGGUUACCCUGACAUUGGCAGCUUCACUCUAUAUAGUUGUAUGUGGAAUGCCAUGAUUGUUCCGUUUCUCAAUAUGACAAUCUACGGUUCCAUAUUUUAUCAAGGAGAGACAAAUGCUUUAGCCCGAGAUUUUAAUGUGUUGCCAUAUAACUGUACAUUUCCUGCUAUGAUAAAUGAUUGGAGAGCAAAAUGGUACGCUUCUACACAAAAUAAUACUGAUCCACAGUUUCCCUUUGGUUUUGUACAGUUGUCAGCUGUUGGUAAUGAUACAACAACGAAUGAAAACAAUUUUGCUCCGUUACGUUGGGACCAGACGGCAGGGAAGGGCUACGCUCCCAAUGCACAACUAAAAAAAACUUUUAUGGCAGUAGCAAUGGACUUGGGAAAUCCUUUAUCACCACAUGACAGCAUUCAUCCAACUGACAAAGAAAAUAUUGGCUAUCGCUUGGGGUUAUCAGGUCUUUCAUUAGCUUACGGUAGAGAAAGAUACUACACUGGACCGCUCGUAUACGAAAUCAAAAAGAUUGCAAUCGAGCAUGAUUCGCUUCUUGUAAUAAAUUAUAAAUCUGUGAACAUAAGUAUUGAAAUACGGAGCAAUACAGGCUUUGAAAUACUUUGUAAUGAUAGCUGGUCAGCGUCACCAAUUGUUUACAAUACCAUCACAUCCGUAUUCCUACUGGCCCGUUGUGAUCCUGACAAGGUCAGAUAUGCUUGGUCUGACUAUCCUUGCGAGUCAUUGAAGUGUGCUGUUUACAGUGGAGGACUACCUUCUCCACCAUUUAUUAUGGAUGGUCCUUUUUCUUAAAAUAAAAACUUAAACGAUUUUUAUACCGCGUAAUCAACCUUCUUUAGUUAGCAUUCAUUUGCAUUUGUUAUUGUUGAGUUAAAAAUAAAAGGUGAAAACAA